AUGCGAACGGUUCCAGCGGAUAGACCGUCGCCGGCGGUGUCGCCGUGGGUAGGCUUCGAAUCCGAUGGACACUUGCCAAUGUCCCGCAAAGUGUGCGUUUCGGAUGCUGAGUUAAUCCAUCGCGCUUGUAGCGCUAGCCUUGAGAGUCGAAGAGGAAGACUACUCCGGGUACCUACAGUCACGUGGGAUUGCAAAGAGAUUUCGGGCUUUGCGAUGCUCUCGCGACAGAUGGGAGCCAGUGGCGAAGACUUUGAGGUGCUCACAACGGGCGAAGUAGCCUGCGAGCCGAGUGAGCUAGAGCCAUUGCUACGACCACUGACAGAAAGUGAAUAUAACGCAGUGGCGCGUGAUUUCUUUGGAGAUCAGUUUAUCUACGGCUCCAUCGUCCACGAGGUUCAACGUCGAGGCUUUGAUAACGAAUUAUCCGAUGAUAGUGAACGUCAAGUAAAGGAUAGCGAAGACUUUACGCUGUACGCCGAGGACCACGUGGCUGUACGAACGGCCUGCUUUGCCAGAUCGCGUAGAUUUUCACGGAAUGAAGAAUGGUGUUUUCUAGAGCAUUUCCGGCCUCGUUCGGUUGCCCCCACCAGUCCUUUCACGACGACCGGCUCGUCUGAUUCUUCCACGUCGUCUGUAAAUAUUGACGACCCGACAGGAUUCUCGAUCGUCAUGACCUCCAUGCCGGAAUGUGAGCUGACUGCCGGAAAGAUGAAGAAAGAACGCGUGACUCAGUUACAUGGCAUCACUGCAACAUAUUUAGUAGAGCCUCUGCCCCAAACGGUAGGGUGUCGGGGCCCUCGAGUGCGUGUCAGCUUCCAUGCCACAUUCACUGCCGCGACAAACGUGCCGGAGGGAUACGCAGACGCCCAGACCGUACGUACACGGCUGACGUCUCUAGCCAGGAGCCUUCAUCGACUUCCUGAGAUGGUACAGCAGCGACAGCAACAAGCUACUCAUAACUCACGGUGUGUGGCAUGCACCAAGCGCCUUCGGAUGAAGCUGCUGGAUACCCCAACGCGGAGAUCAAAGCGCUGCCAGAUCUGCAUGUACAGAGCAUGUGCUUCGUGCUGGUCGAAGGAGAGCGUAGAGACCUUCAAAGGCCACACGACGAGUAUGAUUGUCUGUCGUCGCUGCCACGAGAACUUCGGUAGCAGCGACUACUCGCACAUUCAGCUCACAUAG